AUGCUUCGCCUAUCAUUGGUGGUCAUUAUGUUGCUGUGCCGCAAGGGUCCGCAGGCCUCUGGAAAUCUCGAUUGGUUGCGUAAUACGACAGUCCAGGCUCAUAUCGUGGAAAUCUUCAAUCAGAUCGACGAUAUUGAUAUUGUUAUAGGAAACCAAGAUCCGAAGGAUCAAAUGGAUCAGAUUGAUCAUCUAAUACGGAGCGGUGGAUCGAAUGCUAGUGGUAUUUUUCAGUGGAAACGUUUCCGUGUCUACGAGCAAACAUUUUCUAAAGAAGAAGGAUGUAUUGGCGGACGAUCUUCGGUUAUCACCCCAGUCGUUACUUCGACGAAUGUCACUGAAGCACUAGAGGAAGAUUUUGAGGAGGUAGUCAAGUUUAUCAAAUGGGAUCGAUCAUUUGAGACGUUUGCGAAGGUUUGGGACCAGAAUCAGUAUCAAGGCUAUAUAGUGUUUGCGAAUAUGACCAGUUUCAAUAAGUCGAUGAAAUGCUUGCUAGACCCUGCAGCAACGUACUUUGUUGUGUUGGACAGCGAAGAACGAUUCACACGGGACCAAGCUUGGGCACUGUUCCGAUCCGUUUGGAGAAGUCGAGGAGUUUUUCGAUUGUUUCUUUUGGAUGGUUUUCGUAUACAUACGUACGAUCCUUUUGCGAAAAACGGUAGUUCGUUUGGUUUGUUACUCGAACUGGCUGAGGUUGGAUAUAGACCCACAAUACCUCAGGGAGACUUCAAUGGAUACCCGUUAAGGAUCGAUAUGUUCUGGUCGACGUAUACUGUUCCAGCCGGAAAUAGCACGAUCCUUUUUCAAGGAGCGGACGCCAUGGUUUGUGAUGUGUUCGUUGAAACUUUAAAUUUCACCGCUAUUCAUUUACCUCCGGAUAAAAACAACUUUGGCAGUCUUCUACCGAAUGGAACCUUUGACGGUGUAAUCGGUCGUCUGAUGCGUCACAAGAGCGACGUCAGUUUUGUCGGAUUCUUCAUUAAGGAUUACUUCAGCCGUGAGAUUGAGUUUACCAGUGGAGUCUAUACCGACGAGCUUUGCUGUCUGGUGAAGAAAGCUAGCCGAGUACCGGAGUAUCUGCUGCCGAUUACCAUUUUUCCUCCCGAUCUGUGGGGAUUGCUGUUUUUGAUGGGAAUUGUUUGUUCUAUCGUAUGGAUUUUCCUGAGAACUGGGAUUAGGAUGCGAGCGAAAACUCGUCUGGAGCGGUACCAUCUCGCAGAGCUGUUCAAUCUCACCAACACCACACGGGAUGCACCAUUAUACCGAAAGAUGUUUCAAAUUGGCGUCGAUACCUAUAUCCUACUGGUUAGCGCUCCUUAUCGCCGAUUCACAAGAUCCGGAACAGAACGUCUGUUUUUGUUUGGUUUCCUUUUGGUGAGCUUGAUAUUCGUUUCGAUGUUCCAGUCUGGAUUAUCCUCCAUAUUCGUUAAUCCUGUUUACUACAAAGACAUAACCAGUCUACAUCAGUUGGAUGCAGCCGGAAUACGUAUUCCGGUUAAAUACGCAGGAUUCAUGGACGACGUCUUCCCUGCCAACUACAGUCCGAUGAUGGAGUCGCUUCGUAGCAAGCUCGUUUUGCAACCGACAAGCCAGUCUUUGCUAAGUAUUGUUUCUAAGACUACACAUCUAGCCACAGUGACACGACGAGCCACGCUUGGUCUAGAUAACGCAAUCUAUGUGUCCACCAAGCAGCUGUUCAUGAUCCCGGAAUGUCCACGGUUGUACAAUCUAGCUUACGUAGUCGGGUAUCAUUCCGUGCUGCUAGAACAGGUCAAUGCCGUGCUGUUGAGUAUGUUAAACGGCGGUUUGAUCAACCACUGGAUCGCGCAAAUGAACUAUAAUGUUACAUUGCAUCACUGGGAACAGAUACGAAACUCCCAGAGUUCGGACUUCAAGGUACUCACGGUAAUAGAUAUGCAAUUUCCGUUCUACCUGCUGGUUAUCGGGCUGAUUGUCAGCACAGCGGCGUUUGUUGCUGAGCUCAUCUAUUUUAAAUUCAUGAAUUAG